AUGUGUCUUUCCGCAAGGUCAUUCUUAGGAUCGGGAAUUUUAGCCCACGCCGGAGGUACUAAAUUCUAUUCACCAAUUUUCGAACAAUUUCUAGUAAUUUUUUCAAACUAUCACGCGCUUUUCACACCAGAACUUUCACCUGGGCUUUGGAUCCCACCUGCAAGCUGCUGGCUAUUCGCUCCUCACACCACCAAAACGACGAAUAACUCGUGUUUCAGGAUCAUGGCAUCCGUUCACCUCUCACCCUGGGAACUCCCUCGAGAACCUGCUUCUGAUCAUUUCGGCACACCACAAUCAUUGCCGGAAUACUGGUCCAAGUUGCCCGCCGAGAUCAGUUUGAUGAUCCUCGACAAGGUAAUAGAAGAUUAUGAAUUUCAACCAUCUCUGCCAUUUCUCCGCGCCGGCUAUGCGACAGUCUGUCGAGAAUGGCAACCAGUUUUUGAACAACAGAAUUUUCGACGGCUUGUUCUCGACUACGAUAGAAUACGCAAUCUGGAAAACUUCACAGCAAAAAAUCGGAGACGAGGUUAUCUCGAGCAUAUAUUCCUCUGUGUUCGUCUUGAUGAGUACGACUGCUCAGUCUGUCAAACAAAAGAGGACGAAGACACAAAGAAUAGGAAUAGUUACCUCUUUACCAGAUCCGUCUGGGAAUUAUUGAAAGUUCUAUCUCAAUGGACAGUCCUUCAGCCAAGUUCCGGCCGUUACGGUCGCAGUAUGAGAGGCCUGGAACUAGAACUCGGCGCUUAUUCUCCAAGUGAUUGCAGACAUACAUUUCGAGAUGUUCAUCUUGAGCCCAUUUACCCGUACAAAGAAAUUCGAGAAGUCCAAAAUUAUCUAGACGACGCGUACCACCAAAAACUCAAACAAUUGGGAAGCCUCAAUGACCAAUUUCAUGGCUGGGUUGAGGGGAAAAGGGAAAGUGAAAGAACGAUAUGUUUAGAAGCCAAACAGAGAUUAAUGGGCACGCUAGAGAUCAAAUGGGGACUCACAAAAUUCCUCUCGGUCAAACGCUUGCCGGAGGUCGAGGUUGUCACACAUUUGCUUAUUCGAAGACAGUUCUAUCGGAAGAUCUGUGGAUAUUCUAUUGGCAAGCUUCUCAGUCAGAGCUUUACGAACCUCAUAGAGUUCCGUCGCGAGGGAUGGUUUUAUGUCGAUGCACAGCAGCAAUUAGACUUUACCGAAGGCUUUGACUUUCAUCUUCAUCAAUCAGACUUACCAAGUACACUACGGAACCUUUAUCUCUUCGAGGAGUCCAACAAUAUCUUACACUCGCCGGAUCAUGACGCCGAGCGCGAUUUUAGACGGAUUCUAGGCUCCAACCUCUCAGAUAGAAGCCGUUUGCUCGAAAACAUAUCGGUGGCUUUCCUUAUCGAUGCAAAAGAUUUUCUUGCCCAGUUCUGGCCACUUCGAGUUCCUAACAUUCAGGGGGCCCAGGCUUCUGACGUGGUCCCCUGGGAGAAUCUUCGCACCCUCACUCUGACCUCGGAGUCUCUGCGUACAAGUAUAAACCGCACAGUUAUGAAGAAUCUUUUGACAACUUCGUGCCGGGCUGUCGCUUUCAUGCCCAAGCUCGAAGUGCUGGAGAUAUGGAACGCAACACUGAAAGACGGAGAUCCUACAGUAAGAGGCCGGCCAGGGGUUGCUGCCGUCUUCAGAUACGAGUACAAAGACCGGAAACCUACGAUCACCUUUUCAAGCAAUAGUAUAUGGCUUCAUAAGAUCGUGUCUGAAAUGUUGCAAGGCGAUGUUGGAUCCUGUUGGGAGAAUCUACCGCGGCAUAAUUCCGGUGAUCACCUUACUUAUACGUUUGAGAAGAUUCGGGGGAUGGACUGGUGUAGGUCCUAUCCUAUUGUGAUGGAACGCUUGAAAUUACAGGGGCGCAUCUUGCAUGAAUUGUCACAUUGUCAGAUGGUCUGUGAAAAUCCGCUUCCUAGAAAAGAAGAUACAGAGCCAAAUAUCGAGCCAGCUGGGACUUAAGAAUGGCUUGUGGGUGGAGGAGAGCCACGAUGAUAUCUCUGCUAAGCACAAUCUUGUGGUCUUUGCUGAGAUCUUCAGCAAAUUCCAGAAAUGCUUCAGGAUCGAUAUCAUACGCUCCCGAAUUUCUACCUUGAACACACCUGCUUUCGGGAAUUGCUGGAGGGGCACACAAAAUCAUGAGCAGCUCAUGGAAAAUCAGUGAAGGGUCAAUAGAUAACAAUAAGAACCCUUUGACAAUUGUGAGGUUAUCAUUUCAAGGAAGUACCUUCUCCUUUAAGGAUUCAUAUCUUGAUCAUCCAUUUUCAUGUACAGCUUCCAGAGAGAAAUAGAAACAUAAGGAC